AGUAUUUUUUUUCAUUCAAUUCUACAGAAUCGUUUAGCGCUAACUUCGCCCGUGUCGCCUUGUCUAAUUUAUGAUUCCAAAAUAUUUUAUUCGUUAUUUGAUAAAUAUGUGCGAAGAAAGAGAACCGAAAAUUCAGGUAUCCAGCGAACGGUAUUACCUGCCAACAGAAGUUGCGACCCACAACUCGCCGAAGGACUGUUGGGUUUCUUUCCUCGGUGGGGUUUUUGAUCUCACCGAUCUUUGUGCCAAAUGGUAUGGCGAUGAUAAAAUUAAACCGAUUCUGGCGCACGCUGGAAAGGACAUCAGCCACUGGUUCGAUCACGAGAAAAAUGAUAUAAAACAUUAUGUACAUCCUGUAACCGGAGUUUCCGUACCGUAUUGUCCUCAUGGUCCGAUUCCCGACGUUAAUCCCGCUGCCCCAGCCUCCACCUGGAGACCACUUGACAGAUGUCCUUGGUGGCUAGACGAGACCUACCGGAUAGGAAAUAUCACGAGUAAUCCGAGACCCUGUAAAAUUAUUAACGUCCUUAUUGGAACCGAGACGGUGAUAUCGGUGAGCUUGGUUCCACAGUCACCCCAGAGGACAGUUACGAAUUUACUUUCCAUAUUUUCUUUUUUCCUUUCGAUUUACACUACCCUCCAGGUUUGCGAGGAGGACACGAUCGAACGUAUACAGGAACGUUGUCUGGGGAUGAAUGCACACGGUGCUUCUUACACGUGGAAAUUUGAAGGGAAAUACCUAAAUUCAUGCUGUACUUUGACCGAAAAUGGGAUACCCGAUGAACGGGAUCGAUUCAUCGCCUGCGGAUUACCCGAUGAUUUUUAUAUACCCGCCCUAAUGUGCUAUUUCAACGACGAUUUGACCGAGGCAUAAUACUAUUGAAUCGAUACAGCGCUGCGUGAAUUUGAUUUCUAUUUCGCGUAAUUCAAACGCCAAUUCGCGGUUGCCGCGCGUUCGACUCCGCGGUCACGCGUUCGUAGUUCGGAGUUCGCGUGUCAGAUGCCGCCACCGUCCAAUGCUUAGGAUUUCAUCCCCUAUUUCGAAUGCACUACGAAGAUUUUUCCCAAUUUAUAUUCAUACCCGAUAUCGCAUCGAUUCGUGAAUUUUUUGAAAUUUUCCGAAAAAAUGAUUCAAUUUACAUUCUCUCUACAAUU